CAUUUAGAAAUGAGAGAACAGUAGGCCCGUACAUCUAACUGUGUAGGGUUGAUGUUUUCCUCGUUGAAAUAAAUCGAACAGACAAGAAAAAAUGAGUGAAUAUGUUCGGGUCUGAGGAGUUGUGAAUUCACGAGGUAGUGGCUCAAUGGACUUUGGGUUCGUUGGUAGUUCAUCAUGAUCAUGACGUGAGCGGUGAAAAGCACCCAACCAAUCAGUAGGGGGUGCUAGCCGAAAGGCGAAAGCGUCACAACGUAACAACAUACAUACAGUAACACGGGACUGUAUGUCAGUUCUGGCCGGUCGGGUGAGAGUGAAACUCGCCCUCUCUAUUUACUCGACCCCGUCCAAUCCAUCACCGUUCCGGGCACACGUAAAGAUCAAGAAUACAUUUCAAACAAAAGCAAAAGUAAAGAAAAGCAAAAGUAAUCGGGGGAAAAAAAAAAUGGAGGUCAUACUUUCGUCAAAAAAGAAAAAAUCUAAAUGAUAUGUAAAUGGGCGGGGUCGCAUUUGAAAUAGUUGGUCCGCAUUUAUUCGCAUCGACGAAAAGGUGUGAAAAAUAUUCCUUACUAAGAAGGUUUCAAUUCUCGUUUGUCAACAGAAUUCUUCGAAGCCGAAUAUGUCUAAUCUAUACAAGAAAGAAAAACGGAGCCAAAUGUUAUUCAAGUCCCAUGUGUAUUUUCCAUUCACUUUGAGCGUCAAAAAAAAAAAAGAUAAUCGGUUCACGAGGGUCUCUUGAUGGCCGACACAGUGGUGUCAUUUGGUUGGACGUAAAUGCGUUAAGCUCGACUGAAAUGGAAAGCCGGAUUCGAACGCCAACGCGGCCGCAACUUUAUUUGAUUUAACUCACACACUCUUAAUACUUGACGGCGAUAAUCCACUAAAUGUCUGUGUGUGUAUUAUGCAGAAGUGAGAGUCAGUCUUGUUUCCAGUUUUAUAAUCGGUCUCAACCACACGCGGGAGCAGCCGACAAAAAAAAAAGAACGAAAAAAACAAACAAAACAAAAACACACACGUACACACACAGACACGCCAUAUGCACCCCAGAAGCGGAUGCUGGCAGAUAACCCCGAACCCAACCCAUUUUUUUUUUUAUAUUUAUUUUAUUUCUUUUUUUUUUAAUAUAAAAAUGUUGAGUUAUUCGUGAAAAAUGAAAACAAAACCAGUCAACCAAAAAUAUUCGCUAGUCAAGAAAACCGACGGAGACGUGCUGGGCUCAUCGGUCUUUUUUUUUUCUUUUCCCUGUCCGUCUUUCGGUUUCUAUUGCCAGCGAAGGAUGAGGCUCAUUGUAAUAAUAAAAAACCGUUCAUUAAUUCUACGACGUUUUGGGGCAACAACAAUCGAAAGUUAGGUUGUUUUUUUCGUGUCCCUCUGGUGGCCAACGAGCAAAGUCAGGGAGUAUCCAUUCCCUAAGCAAAGUGCGCUGUGCAGCCGCCUCAGUUGGCAACUCGCGCCCUACCAGCGUGGAUGUGUCAUGUUGACGGUCUCGUCUCGGAGCUAUGCGCAUGCCAUCUAGCGGCAUUUUAAGUUGCGCCCUUGUUUACGUGUCUGUGCUUGUCUGCAUGUGCUUGUGUGUGGCGGUCGAAUUUUUUCUGUUCUCAGUGCGCGCGCGCGCGCGCGUUGGCCCAGCCGCGUGGUUUCUCGUAAUGUAUCGUUUAUUAUGAGUUUAGUGCAUCUGAGUGUUCAUCCAAAAGUGGAAGGGAAAAGAAAUAUACAAACAAGUCUGUAUCUUCCACAAAAAAACAAAACAAAAACGGAAAUACAUUGACUAGAGGAUUUGGCAAAAAAACAAAACUUGAAAAAUACGUAGACAAGUAUGCGUUUGAUUGUCCCGGCGCCGCCGGACGUCGGGACGAUGAGGAGGCAGGCCACGUCCUCCAUCUCCAACCCGGCAUCUUUAAUCCAGUCUGCGGCAGCGACUUCCUCAUCAUCCUCGUCGUCGCCCGUCAAUAUCGUUAAUUACCGCAGAUUGUACAACGAGUGUGAUGGGCGGAGUGGCAGUACCAUGGAAGAUCCACUGGUGUAUGGACGCAAUCACGUCACGCCCGUCUCGAAAGCGGAUCCGGGCUCCACUUCACGAGACAAUUCAAAGACUAUUUCGCACGAUCUACUAGAGCUUUUGGAGAAGCUGCAGACCAGUCGGCUGGACGACCAGCGCUGUGUGUUGCCCGCCUAUUUCACCCAGAGCACAUCGCGGGAUUUGGAAUUAGCCCCCAAACCGAGUGGUAGCGGCGGAAGCGGCGGAAGCAGAGGGAGCCACAACGACCUUGGAGCGUUCACCAAUGGAUCAGCCGGAGGUUCGGAUUCACCUACGCAAUCUGGCGGGGCGGCGGCGGCCAUUUCGACCCCACCUGCGCAUCCAUCGCGUGACAUUCUCGAAGAAGUUCUUUCCAAACCUGGACCGUAUCCCAUGGUGGUGCUGCCAAGAUCGGGCGGUUAUUGGUGCGAUGACGGCAGUGACACGGCCGCAGCCCCAGCUGAUUCUUCGCAAACGGCGUCGUGCAAAUUGGAGCUGGACGAAACGGCCCGCUGCUACCGUCGUUUUUUCGUCGGAAAAGAACAUCAGAACUUUGUGGCUCAAGACGAUGCAUUGGGGCCUGUCCUCCUGUCCGUUAAACAUGAAAUGCUGGCCGGCCAGGACUACGUCCGCCUCAUUCUUCGCCUACAGACUGGAACGCUGCACGAAGUCGUUCCAGCCACUUGCCUCAGCGACCAAGCGUCACCUCACCGCAUGGCAAAACUGCUGUGCGAAGAACUGAGCACAGAGAAAUUCGUACCUGUUUCGUGGCCCAAGUCGUCGCCGCUGAUCGCCGCCUACGACGAGCACGUCUUAGUCAACCACUUCAAGUUUGGCUUGUUGCAUCAGCGGUUCGGCCAGACGACCGAGGAGGACAUCUUCGCCAACAAUGGCACGUCUCCUGCCCUCGAUGAGUUCCUCGACGUCCUCGGAAAAAGGAUCCACCUGCUCGAUCACAAAGGGUACCGCGGAGGUUUGGACACGCAGUUUGGUCAGACGGGCGUCGACUCGUUGUACGAGACGUUUCGCGACCGCGAGAUCAUGUUCCACGUGGCGCCCCUCCUCCCUUAUACGGAGAACGAUCCGCAGCAGCUGCAAAGGAAGCGGCAUAUUGGAAAUGAUAUAGUCGCCGUAGUGUUCCAGGAAGAAAAUACACCCUUCGCACCUGAUAUGGUCGCUUCGCAUUUUCUGCACGCCUUCGUCGUUGUCCAGCCCCUCGACCCGUGCACGCCCAACGUCCGCUACCGCAUCACGGUGACGGCACGUGAUGGCGUCAAUUUCUUCGGUCCGACGCUACCCGAUCCGCCCAUUAUGCGCAAAGGUCCCGAAUUGCGUGAAUUCCUGCUCACCAAGCUGUUGAACGCCGAAAACGCUUGUUACAAAGCGCAGAAAUUUGCCCGGCUUGAGUUGAGGACACGCACGGCCUUGCUGUCCAAUCUGGUCGAUGAUCUUCAUAAGAAAACAUGCGAUUUUCUGCACCUGUCAUCGCCGCUUUUAAGCGGAUCGUCUCAGGCCGAAGCGCCCGCCAAGGCUGAAGUGACUCAACAGACGGCCCCCAUCGGCGGAGGUGCCCGUUUCAUCGACACUGUUCGUAAAGCUCUGUCGUCUGCUAGGCGAUCGCAGCAAGAGCAAGGAGCUGUCGGAUUGGCUGCAGCAGCCUCUAAUAAAAAGGGUUCCAUGAACUGGUCGAAUGCGUCAUCCGAUUCAACUCCGGCCAGCACGUUGCGUCUGAGCAGCAAAGGCAGCAAUUUUAGCGGGCCCACUAAAUCGGCCGUGGCCGAUAAAUCGUCUUUAGCCACACAGUUGGCCGUCCAGCAGGCCGGCAUGGCUUCGCCGUCUACCAGCCCAUCGUUAGACACUCCGCCAUCUCGGAUUGCUCGUAUGACUGUGCCCGAUAGCGAUGAAUCGUCGCUCAACAGCAUUGAGAUGGAGAACAUCCAUCAAUCAGUCAGCGGGUCGAGGAUGGCAGGUGUAAAUACCAUCCACCACCAACAGCCUCCGCGGCCGCCGACGGAAGAUUCAGACACGGGAAUGGAAAGCUUGUCGUCAGCUGAAACGCCGGCCACGGCUAAAAGGUUGGCGGGCAAAUCGUGUUCUUGUUACGGCAGUAACAGCGAAGAACAGGGUCAUCAUCAGCCGGAAGAGGAGCACAUCCGACAGAAUGAAAAUCUCCAGCAGGAAGUGAACAAGCUCAAGUUUGAUAAGUUGGAACUACUCAGACAAAAUGUGAGUUGCCAACGUGAUAUCAAACGAUUAAAAGAGCGUGAAUUCCAGUUGCAUUCGGAGCUGAUCACGGCCAGCCAGGAACUACAGCGUCUGCGUUUAAUUCUUCGAGAUCAUCAGACUACCUCAUCCAUGUCUGCUUACGAAGGAUCGCCCGUCUAAUCGGCAAAGGGGAAACCAAAGAACCUCUAAAUGACGUAUCACCAUAUCUCACCAAUUAAUUCAACGACGAUUGUACACCUCCUCCUGAUACGUGAUGGAUCAUUCGUUUUUUUUUUGGUUUUUUUUUUUCUUUAACCUUUUUAUCGGUUUUGCUCUCUCGUCCACCCCCCGUGUGUCCCACUUGCCUCUCUAACCAAAACUUGUUAUCUCUCUUUGGCGUUCCUGGGCGGGAAAGAGCUUGACGGCAAAAAGAUAUCGAUUAUAUCAGAGAGAGAGAGAGAGAAAGAGAGAGAGAGAGGAGUAACAAUUCCUAACUGAUUCCUUUUGUUUUCAUUCACUGUUGAUUGUGGCUUAUCGUAUUCCUUGUUAUAUAUAUAUACAUAUAUAUAUUUACCUACCAAAGAGAACCCGUUGCUUCAUAUUUUUUGGGCCGUAUGAUGCGCGUUCGGAUCAUCUAGAAAGAUGUGUGUGUGUUGUUUUUUUUUUUUUCCUGUUUUUUUGUAACAGUCCCAGUGAGAAGAAAAUAUGACGGACAGAAAGCUGGGAAUAGAGAUGGCGAAGAAAAAAAAAAAGAACCGUUGGGAAUGCAAAUAUUAUAUUGAUGUUUUCUUCUUUUUUUUUUUCUUUUAAAUUAGACCUUUUUUUUGCGUUUGUGCAUGGCCACGGUGCACAGUUUCUUCUAAGUCAAAUGCGAUUUACUUACGAUGUUUUCAAUGGCGUCGUUUACAUUGUGAAUCCCAUCUCUGUGUGUCUUACACUAAAUAGAAAACAACUGCUGAAGUCAUUCCCGAGAAAAGUGGAAAUUGUUUUGUUCGAUUCACAAAGAAUCUUGAAAACAAAAAAUCCUUCGUUCUAUAUGCCGUUCGUUCUCACGAAAAUUAGCAAUUUUUUGCCACUGAUCCCUCCCCUUCGUUCCCCAUUUCCCCCCAAUGUAAAAGACAUACACGCACGUACAAAACACGACAAACUUACACAGUUUUCUCCCUAAGCGGACAAUCAGCUUUCCCUCCUUGUGUUGAUCAGUUAUCCCUAUAAACGCGUCCUCCCUUUAUUUUUUAUUUUGUUGGUUUUUUUUUUUUUUUUGGCAAAAGAGUUCUCAGUUGAUUUAAUUUUUGUUUUAUAUAUCCAUGUCCCCUUCCCUCCCCACCUCCUCGCUGCGCUAUGCGUCAUUGAAGCCGCUGUUUGAUAGACACCUUGUAUGUACAACAUGAAUGUUGAUAUAAUACACCCGCCACAAAUUGUAUCGAAAACACAAA